GAUUGGUUCUCCGGUUGGCCCCAACAUUCCAAUUACAACCGUCAACCGAACGACGAUGGCCUCAGCGACCAAGAUUGCGUCGAAAUACGUCGAGUUUACUUAUUACCAUCGGCCACGCCGAAAUUGACCGCUGGUUUUAUGUGGAAUGAUCGAGAUUGCGCCACUCCAAACUAUUUCUUCUGCGAGAAACUUCAAAAUGAUGAACCGUUGGAAGAAUCUUGGCCUCCCGACUGCAACAAGUCGAUUAUUCUCUCGCGGCAGCAACAAAGAGCCGUGGUAUCCAGUCCCGGAUUCCCACGUCAGUAUCCGGAUAAUGCGGAUUGUUACACUGACGUCACCGCCCCUAAAGGAUAUCGCCUCGUCUUGGAUUUCGAAGAAUUAGUCUUGGAAAAUGAGCCGAUAUGCAGCUACGAUUUUCUCGAAAUCACCGAAUCGAUUCAUACGAAUAACACAUCCAAUAUAAUCGCCGUCCCCGCAACUUUAUCAUUAUCCGCCCCCGUCUUUAAUAAUUCCGAAACCGGAAGGCGACUAUGCGGAGAUUGGAGCUCCAAGUUGAAGCUUCUCCGUUACGUUAGUCGAGGUUCCAAGUUGAAAUUACGUUUUAACUCUGAUUAUUCGCAUCACUUCGGCGGAUUCAAAGUGCGCAUAUCCAUGGAAAACGCAUUACAAUGUGCCGAUGAUCGAUUUCAAAUCUUCAAUAACUCGUGUUACCUCUUCGUUAGUUACCCCGCGGUAACUUGGAACACGGCCCUUCAAAUUUGCCACGGGAUUAAAGCCCAAUUAUCUUCUAUUCUAACAUCGGAAGAAGAAGAUUUUGUUACGACGAAUAUUCGAAAAACUUCCGAGUAUAGAACGACGGCUGGUUAUUGGCUAGGUGCGCAGCUAGAUAACGCCGGGAAAUUCUCUUGGAUAGACGGAAACGAAUUGGGCUUCACAAAAUGGCUAACGGAACGAGAAGACGACGAAGAAAACGACAUCAAUCGCUCGUUGAUGGAACCUUUAUGCCUUGCGACGCAGUGGACGCCCUCGAGGGAAUCGACCAUCCCCAGCGGGUUUUACUGGAAAUCUCUUAAGUGUUCUUCUAUAGGAGGUUAUGUUUGUAAACGUCCGAGAGAGAACAUUGACCCCAAAUUAAACUAUAACCGAACGGUAAACGGAACUGAAGGUGAAUUGACCACACCAAAUUAUCCCAACAACUAUUAUGAUAACCUCGAUUUUUCCGUGAGGAUUCGCGGCCCGGAACGAACGAGAAUAGUGUUGCAUUUUGAGCGCAUCGACCUCGAGCCCCAAUUGGAGUGCCUUUACGAUUUCGUACAGGUCAGAAGUCGACCCAAUAAAAACCACGCGAGAGAUGACGUCAAAUUUUGCGGGAGAUACGACACUGAUAUGACCCGUUACGAUUUUGUAUCUCAAGGAAACGAAGCGGAAUUAAUCUUCCACUCCGAUUAUUCCAUCACCGCCGGUGGUUUCUAUUUAAGAUGGUACGCCGUCGACACAACGGGAUGCCCCGAACAAACACUCACCGCAAAAGAAGGAAUCAUCCAAAGCCCGAAUUACCCCAACUUUCUUUUAGGAAACCUCGAUUGCACAUUUACGGUUUUAGCCCCGCCGGGGAAAAGAAUAUGGUUGGAGUUUUUAGAUUUUGAGAUCGAUGACUCGCUCGGUUUGAGAAUCGGGGAUAACACCCCCAUAAUUAAACCAUUCACAAACCCCAACAUACUCACCGACGGAACUUUUCUAUCGAUAGCUGAAAAGCUCGUCAUAAAAUUGAAAAGUAAAAGUUCGCCCAAAGGACGUGGAUUCAAAGCGAUUUACAGAUCCCUUUUGGACGUUAACGAAGAGAAAGUUAUCGAAAUUCAUAACGGAACGUCCGGAACAUUGCUUCAUUUAAACUACCCCGAUCGGCCGCCCCCAAACGCGACGAUAACGCAUCACUUCGUCGCCCCCAUCGGACACAUCGUUUCAAUUGAAAUGUACAACGUCAGGGUGAACACCGCCGAAAGGGGUGGUUGUGCGAAGAACAACUCGAUUGAGAUUUACGACAGCUACGCCGAUGUUAACGGUACACAGUGGAUUUUAUGUCACGAUGAGGGAGCAAAUUCCGAACAACCGGAUCCCCCUCUGGUCAUAAAUUCUUUUCUAAACACGCUUUAUGUAAAACAAAACUACGAUUUAAUUGGGGACGUCUUCAUAAAUGCUACGAUUCGUGUCAAAUUUGAUGACGGAUAUUUUAAGAAGAUUCUCAAAUAUAAAAAUGAUAUCGUGGAAUCUUGUGAUCCAAAUCCGUGCCAACAUGAUGGGAAGUGUAUUGCAACGGUUAAUGGAAAAAGAACGUGUCAGUGUCAGAAAUAUUUUACAGGUUUGUUUUGUGCCUUAACUCAAUGCGACUUGGAACCGUGCGUUUUUGGAACUUGCGAAUUAACCGAAACGAACUUUAAGUGUCGUUGUAAGAGUGGAUAUUUGGGCGCGACGUGCGAACAAAAACGAAAACCUUGUCAAGAUAAUCCGUGCGAGAGUCGCGGGAUUUGCACGGAACGAGGAAAUUCGUUUCAUUGUCAGUGUCACGCGUGGUGGGAAGGAACAAGAUGCGAAAGAAGAAUGAUGCAUAUUCCUUACAAACCGUUAAGCGAACGAAUGCUUCACGAACCGUUUUGGCUUGGUUUAAUGACCGUUACUGUGGUUAUGGGGGUUAUAGGGCUCGUUUGGUGUGCCAAAAGACAUUUUCCAGAAAAGAUUGAAAAAUUGUUAGCUGAAGAAGAUGAUCGAUCGAGAAGUGGAGUGUCUAGUUUGAGAAGUUCUUCGGUGAGGGAACAAUUAGCGGCGGCUUCCGCUGCGGCUUCAGCAGCUGGAGUUGCAACGUCUGGGUCAUUAACCAAUCCGGGAACGGGGGUUCCUCGAUCGCUCUUCGGACGUCUCGGUAUCCGAAAGCCAUCAAUCCUCAGCCUAACCAGCCCACACGCAGGCGGAUAUUCACCAGCAACCGCUCGUACCUUUAGUUUGGAUGAUUUGCUAAAACCCGCUCCGAGACGUAGCCCCUCCCCGAAGAAAAAACGAAACAACUCAACACCAACAAAGAAAAAUGCAGCAGAAAAAAAACAAAUUCUUCAACAACUUAUCAGCCCGGCCGCUUCAAGUCAAAACACAAGAAAAGUAAGUUUAGGGGACUUAAUCCAAAUGAGCGAACGGAAAUUAAAAGACGACGAUAAUAAAGAGGAAAUCAAAGAGACGAAAUUAACCGUUAAUAAAGAGAUAUCAGCGGGACACUUAUCUUUGGUUGAUCCAAAAUUAGAAAAAAAAGUUACUUUCGCAAGAUUACUCAGCAAGGUGUCUCAAGAAAUGAGUUCCGGAUCCGAUUUAGAAAUGGGAAACCGUUUAAGUUGCGCUUUCACCCGACCGGCUUCAACCCCUCCAUCUCCAGGGGCUAACGUUAGAUCGCCCAAUAGCACCUCGAGUAACCAAGGUAGUGAUUCAUUAACAAGUUCAGAUUUGGCUAUACCAACUGCGUUAAGCUCGAGUAUUUCCGAUUUAAUGUACAGCAGAAAAGCAAGUCUUCGAUUACCAGCGAAACAAAAACCAGCAAGCGCAGAUUCGAUUUUAGCAAUGUUUAGAAAUUUCUCGUCGAGUUCGGCGGGUGCAAAUCUCUCCCCAUCACUAAGAAUAUCACCAUCAACAACCCCCACGGCAUCAAGUCCCCAAGAUGACGUCGCUGGAGAUGACGAAUCAUCCACAUCAUCCAUCCAUACCCCCGUAUCAUUUUCAAGCGGCCCAUCGGAAAGCCCAAUUAUGCAAAGACAACAACAACAACAACAAUAUGGUACUAUUGAAGUACCCGUUUUGGAUGCGUUGAGUGCUCAUAAAUCUUCACCCGGAAGUAGUAAUUUCUUGCAUCCCCCGACGAUACUUUUAGAAAUACCCAGCGCAAUCAAUAAGUGCCUUUCACCUAUAAGGGAGAUGCCGACGCCUUUGCCUUCACCGAUGCCAUCGCAAGCUGCGACUCCGGUACCUUUACGAAGAACUAAUUUCGCGGAUAAUAACGCAACAGAUAGCGAUGAUCGGAUAUCGAUUGAAAUCCCGAAUAUUUCAAUAAGCGAUGGUGAUGAAGAUGAUAUGCAUGGAAUUCAAGACAUAGCGAUCGAUCCUCAAGGUGAGGAUGGGUUAAUACAAGAAGAAGUUGCUGUUAUGCAUCAAGGAACCCCAUCGCCAGUUUUAAAAAUUAAGUCUCGCCCACAUCCAAUUGGCCAAUCGAUUUUAUUACCACUUGUAACGGUUUCCGAAGAACCAACACCACCCCCAACGAUGAUCAUCCCAACUUUAGUGAUCCAAACGCCCUCCCCGACCCACAAAAAAGCACCGAAUCAUUUCGGCAAGCUUGGUUCACCCCCACCGCGACUUCAACAAGAAGAAUUUCAAUUCCCCGGAAGUUCGAACAAAUCGAGGAAGAUGCUUAAAGAAUUCGAUAAACCAACAUCGUUAGAUUUACCUUGCGCCCCACCCCUCAUUACAAUAACUUGUAAUUUAAGCGAAGCCGAAUCGGACACUGACUCAAUUUCGCCAGCCAUCAAACCAGGAUUAAACGUCCCUCCCGGAAUGACUUAUCUAAGCCCUUUUUCAAUGGUGACAAGAGGCGAUCACAUGGCAUCUGAAUCAAAUUUAAGCUCAUCAGGGUAUAGCUCAAUGGCAAGCCCCGGUCCUUCUAGAUGCGGAUCGAGUAACCCACUUUGUCCCUCGGAGAUGGAAGACCCCGGUGGAUCCGGUUCUAAUUUACACCCACCUUUACGAAGGCAUUCCCCAUUAAUUAGAACCUCAACUAGUCCCCCCGAUUGCGGUUCAUCCCAAUCAAAUCAAGAUGAUUCAAGAAGAGGGCAUCACACACGCGGGAGAUCCGAUUCGGAAACUUUAUCAGAUGACCCAUUAAUAGAAUCGAACGAUGAAGGAAUCGGCACUGACCACAUCGACGAAAAAAUUGAAGAUGGCGAAGUAAAAAGCGCCAAAGAACUCGAAGUGUUUAUAAGCGAUAAAAAAAUCAAAUUAGAUUUACCUUUAACAACAACGACGCAAGAAGAAAUUAAUUCAAUACCAUCGGGGGUGAUGAUGAAAACUUUGCAAUUACCAUCGAUCAUCGUUCAAUGCGGUGAUACCUUAUCAUUAGAAAAAUCGAUUUGUAGCCCGGUUAGUUCUCGUAGCGAAAGUCCUCUAAGCGAUAGAACCACCGGAGUUGGAAGGUUUUCGCCCCAAUUCUACGGGGGGCACAAAGAUCUUUUACCAUUCACCGAUUCCGAUGGAUUAUACGACUUCCCAAGUUCGGAUAAAGUCAACUCGAUAUCCGGUGGGAUUCACCAGCAACAUCGCAAAUCAACCGGGAGAAAAAGAGGCGAAAAACGAAUGACGAGAUCAUCGAAAACUCCGAGUCCGACGAAGGGUAAUCUUAAUUAUAAUUACCAUUUGGAACUUCCAAAAAAAGAGGCCGUUGUGAAGUUGCACAGUCUUCCGAGGAAAACUUCACCCAAACGGAGAUUGAGAACUUCCAAAAUGGUUAGUUCUUCAUCUAGCUCGGAAAGUAUUACUUCGGCGAAAGAAAUGAGGUUAUCUUCGUCGAGUCCAAGUCCGGAAACGAUACGGUGGGCUUCGUCCGUUGAUUGUUUCUCGGAAAAAAGAGUUAAGACACCGGAAGCUUCGGGAGAAGAAACGGGAGAUGACGCCCAUAGUGUAAUGCUGCCAAAAUCUGACCAAGACCUUUAUAGGCAUAAGAAAAUAAGUAGGCUACGUACAAUUAGCCAUCAAAUAAGAUUUUUAAGAAGAAUAGAACAAAGUUUAAGGAAGAAAGAACGCGUAAAAAGUUCAAGCGAUAGUUUUAAUAGCGGCGAAGAUUCGCCGAGAGCAACGUCGCCUUUGUUACAAACGAGAGAGCCAAAAAUAGAAAUUCGAAAAAGUAGUAGCAGCGGAAAAUUACAAAGCUCUGUAAAUUACGUUCCGUCAUCGUCGUCUUCGCGGCAUCAUCGAUAUGGUAACUUCAAAAAAGGGGAAUUGUUGAUUCCCGAAACUGAACGAGCUUGGAAAAAAGUUAUGGUCACCGGAAAUGGACAUUCGGAUUAAAUUACAUUUUAAAUUAUUAAUAUUAAAUAAGGAUAAUUACGAUAAUUACGUAACGUUUUACAUUUGCACAAGUAAUAUUCUAAAAAGAAAUAAAAAAGUAAUUACACGGAAUCAUCGAACAAUCAUUUGAUAAAAAUUGUUUGAGGAAAGAAUGAUAACGUACAAAUGCUCAAAAAAGAAAUAUGUUAAACGGAAUGAAAGGAAUUUUAAAAAAAUGAGAUGCUAAAUGAGAUUUUUCAAUAUACUAAUAUAUUUAUUAAUAAAUUGUAGGCUUUGCAUAAAUGAGACUGAUUUUCUACUGACCGUAUUUUAGCUAAUUCUUGUUAUAAAAUAAAAUUAAAAAAAAAACGUUAAAUAUUAUAACUAUUAUCGGUGCACUUUUAAAUGUCUAAUUACAUAUUAUAAUGUUAUCACAAAAUUACGAAGAAAAAUACGGGUUACACCGCCUCGGUACUUACCUGUGAUAGCACAGUUAUUAACACUUUACCUAUUAACUUAUUAAUUAAUUAAUUCAUUAAAAGUAAUCUUAGUAAAUACAUUGAUAAAAAGUUAGUAGAUAAGAUCUUUGUACAUUCGAUUAACAAAAAAAAAUCUAAAUAAAUUUAAAAACGUACAGCAAUACAUUGGUGGGAACAAGCGAAAAAUUAAAAUUAAUCUGCAACAACCAUCGUGAGCAAUUAAACUUUUAAAUGUUCUGUACUUUACGCACUAACACUUGUUGAUACUCAUUAAAAUUAACAGAAAAAUGUAUUAUACGAGGUUACAUUAACAUAAACACAAUGUCUGUUUUGGUUAUUAUCAAAUAAAGCGCUUGUUUAUA